AUGAAGCUGAAAGUGUUUGGGUUUGUCGUGGGGUUUAUGGCCAUGUCUAUAACCCUUUUCUUCCUGUAUACCAACAAUUUAGUCCCGCAAAAAUACGUGCGAGUAGGGAAAAUCUCAAACUCUUCAGACCUUGCAGAAGUUUGUGACAUGAUCAUGACAGGAAAGGAAAUUUUCUUGGAGGAAAGCAUACCAGUGACACCACUGAGAAACAUAACCUGCCAACAAUACUGGAUCCAAAAUCACUACAUAAUGGAACCUCUGUCCAAAGACGAAGCUGAGUUCCCUUUGGCAUAUGUCAUGGUCAUCCACAAGGACUUUGAUACAUUUGAAAGGCUCUUCAGGGCUAUUUACACUCCCCAGAACAUCUACUGCGUUCAUGUGGAUGAGAAGGCCCCAGCAGCUUUCAAAGAUGCUGUUGGAAAACUACUGAGCUGCUUCUCAAAUGCCUUUGUGGCUUCAAAGAGGGAGUCUGUGGUUUAUGCAGGAAUUUCCAGGCUCCAGGCUGACCUCAACUGCCUGCAAGAUCUUGUCACCUCCGAGGUUCCCUGGAAGUACGCCAUCAACACCUGUGGGCAAGACUUCCCCCUGAAAACCAACAGGGAAAUAGUUCAGUAUCUCAAAGGAUUUAAAGGGAAAAAUAUUACCCCAGGGGUGCUGCCCCCUCCUCAUAUAACCAGAAGGACCAAAUACGUGCACUUGGAGCAGAGAUACCAUUUGUUUUCCUUUAUGCUGUGGACUUGGAUAAGAAAAAGUCCUCCUCCUCAUGAUCUGACCAUUUACUUUGGCUCCGCCUACGUGGCCCUUACAAGGGAGUUUGCUAAUUUUGCUCUUCAAGAUCAGAGGGCCGUUAAUUUACUUGAAUGGUCAAAGGACACCUACUCUCCUGAUGAGCAUUUCUGGGUGACACUUAGUAGGAUUCCAGACUUUAUGAGCAUCCUGUAG